UGAUUCAUACUAGUUUGUAGGACGAAGAUGACUAGUUCAGAUCUUAUUUAGUGAAAAUUAUGCUUAUUUAAAGAGGAAAAGGAAGCAUAAAUCUUUUCCAAGGAUUUAUUUAGGUCCAUCGGAUACUUAUAUUCCAAGGACGGAACUUUUAAGAUGGAGAUGAAGUGUUUAACGUUAAAGGAUUUGCUUAGUGUGAGAACACUAGUUAAUAAGAGUGAAACUGGCAACAUCAAUGAGCAGAAAGAGAACAUCUGCAUGGACCGAAGGAAAAUGACCCCACUGAAGUGUGAGCCUGUGAAUGGACAUAAGAGAGUUUCCAGCCCAGAUAUCACCCAUAUGACCCCCAAUAAACACACAGAGAGGGUCCAUCCGGACCCCUGGACCCCGACAGCCAACCUGAAGAUGCUGAUCAGCGCCGCCAGCCCAGAUAUCCGUGACAGAGACAUGAAGAAAACCCUCUUCAGACCCCUUGAGAAUGAAGAGAAGGCUAUAGAGGAGGAUGAAGAGGAAGAACUCGACGACUCGUGUCAGUAUGAAGCGUCAGAUGAUUCUGAGAGGAGGCCCAGCCGUAAACAGAAGAGUUUGGGGCUUUUGUGUCAAAAAUUUCUGGCCUUGUACCCUGAUUACCCAGAAACCUCUGAAGGCAUUAAUAUUUCUCUGGAUGAGGUGGCCUCACGCUUGAGCGUUGAGAGGCGACGCAUCUACGACAUUGUGAACGUGCUGGAGUCUCUGAUGCUGGUGAGCAGAGUGGCUAAGAACCUGUACGUGUGGCACGGACGCUCAGCUCUGCCACAGACCCUGCAGGAUCUCCAUCAGACGGGACGUGAGCAGGGCUACCAUCUGCAGAUGGACCAGAGAGAAGGAAGCAGCCCGUGUGCCGCCCACCACAUGCAAAACACACACGCGAACGUCUCGUCCAGUAGACGAAAGGAUAAAUCACUCCGUAUCAUGAGCCAGAAGUUUGUCAUGCUGUUUCUGGUGUCCAAAACACGGACCGUUACCCUCGACACAGCUGCUAAGAUCCUGAUCGAAGAGGGCCAGGAUGAGUCCAGCCACAGCAAAUAUAAAACUAAGGUGAGACGUUUGUAUGAUAUCGCGAAUGUCCUGACCAGCCUGAAUCUGAUCAAGAAACUUCAAGAGCGAGAGGAAAAGAGUCGUAAACCUGUCUUCAAAUGGAUCGGACCCGCCGAUUUCCACAGCAGCAGCGAUUCAGAUGAUUUGAGAGUCUCAGCGGCUCAGAUCUGCACCGCCGGGGAACGACGGGAGAAGAUGAUGCGUCACUCCUCCUUUCAAGUCAUUCCUGCACCUCCUGUCAAUCAGAGGCGGAUAAGCUCCGCCCCCAGCACGCCUCACAGACCUUCUACGGACGAGCCGGUGGAUUAUUCUAGGAAGAGAGAGAACACCAGCGCAGUGUGUCAGCUGCGGUUCGGAGACGGUGUCCCGGCGAGUGGAAGUCCUGUAGUGUUGUCUCCUGGACUGGCAUCACUGGCAGUCCCUCUUCAGAUGGACGUCCCGUAUACAUCACAUCCUGUUUCUGCCCAGUUCGCUCCUCACCCGUUAGCGUUCCUGCCCGGUCUGCCACAGACGCCCCUGCUCAUGGUGUACGGCGGACACGUCCCAGACGCCGUCGGCCAGAAGUCACCCGUCUCAGGCCACAGGGAAGAACAUCUGAAGAAGAGAGAGAGACGAGUGGAAGAGGAGGAUGAUCAGGCAGCUAAACGAAGCAAACGCUCUGCUUCCAUAGAAAGUGAAACGGGUGAGACUGAGAGUCUGAGAAGGUCUCCAGUCUGCUCUCGAGAUGGUUCUCCGUGGGACGAGGCCUCGUUCGGGCCGACGAAUGAGGAAGAUGCAGGAGUGCUGUCCUCUCAUUACCUCUAUGUUCCCAACACAGCAGGUCUGAACGGUUUGAACUUCCUCAUGCCGGCGGGACACACACAGGGUGGCGUGCCAGCUGUAGCCAUGCCGUAUUUUUUGGUGCAUUCGCCCCUCAUAGCGGGUGCAUCGCCCACCUCUGGCGCUGAGGGGGCUGCCAGCAGCGGUCUGAGUUUCAGCGUGCCCACCGUGCUGUCGCCGGCUCGUUUUGUGAUGGCAGGAGGGGCGUUUGGUGUGGUGGAAACACUGAACAGCCCCGAGCAUCAUGGGCACAGAUUACCAGCAGCCACACUCUCUCCAGAGGGACCACGAGCACAAGAAAGCCCUGAACCAGCGCAAACACAGACUCCUGUGACCCCAAAGGAAGCGGCAGGGGGGUCCAAAUCUUUCUUCGAGACGCCUGGAGCCUUUGGGUGUCUCAGCACACCACCAGCGGCCCGCAAGAGAGGCUCCGCCCAGAGGAGGCUGGACAUCGAGCGUGCCUCAGCCGAUUAAAUUAGCCGCUGCAUGUGUGUCAGCGUGUCUUCAUGCUUCUGUGGUGCUAGAGUGCCAAAGACAGAAACAGCAUUACACCACAAAAUUUGACUUGAAAUAAUUCUCUGGAAAUGAACAUUUCCUGUUUAGUAACUAGUGAACAUCACAAUCAGUAGUGUGUUAUUGGAAAUAGUCUGUUACAACACACUCUUGUGUCUGUUUAUGAUUUCCCGCCGCCACUUUUGAUAGUGUUGUGGAGUUCCUUUGACAUCCUGCAAGUAUAUUUCCUGAUUUUGUUUACCGUUACUAUUUAUUAAAGUAUUCCAGAGGCUAAAAUCAUCAAUCCAGCUUUAGCACUACGUAUUUAAAAAUGAAAGUGAAUGAUUGGUCUGGAUUGGCAUCUGAGAAACAAUAACUAGACAGAUCUGCUCUAUAGUAUGUUCACUAUCUCACAGGGAUCUCACGGUUUGUCGAAGUGCCAUAUUGGUGAAGCCCACGUGCCUUAGAAAUGUUUCUGGUGCAUGAUGCCUUCGCCACAGAGAAUGAAUGAAUUCUGAGUGUAUUUGUGAUAAUGGUUGUAAUAGUUUGAGGUGCUACAUCUGUGAAACCAACGGAAAACAAAGACAUACUUGAACGACCAGUGAAUAUGAUCCGCAGUCACUGGAGCAAAGCAGAAAUAUCACAGUACUGUACUGUUUGGAAACAAAGUAUGUUUGCGUCUGAACUUCUUAGUAGACUAGUAAUAAAUUAUUUUGGGACCUGGAUUGAAUUUUGCACCGCGAUCCUUAUAGCUGUACAGUAUUUACAGGUACUUCACUGUACUGUGACUCGUAGCGUUAAAUAUUUGUAUACGUGUUGUUUUUUGUAUCCGUUAGUGUUUAAACGUCUUGGUUGGAUGUUUAAAGCUGCACUGAUGAAUCUGUAUGGUGCUUCUGUGUUUGUCAGAUGUAUUUUCAAU